AUGUUAGCCAAAAAGCUCUCAGUGUUCGCAUCAAUCGCUUCCGGUUCAUGCAUCUUCUUAGCGAUUAUUGCCGUUGGCUAUCUAUUCAACGACAUUAACAACUUCUACGAUGAUGCCAUGGGAGAGCUGGACGAGUUUAAGGUCACCGCUAAUGCUGCAUGGAGAGAUAUGACAGAAACCAUUCGUGCAGAAUCCGUUCAUGAAGUACAAAGCGUUUUCAUCCGUUCGAGAAGACAGGCAACCGGUGGUUCGUGCAACUGCGCUGCAGGACCAAACAACUGUCCUCCAGGACCUCCGGGACCACCAGGAGAAAACGGAGCUCCGGGAGAAGAUGGCGCUCCUGGAGAGCCCGGAAAAGAUGGUAAUAGCGGCACUGGCACAGGAACAGGAGGCAACGGCGAAUGUGUGCAGUGCCCCGCGGGACCACCUGGACCUCCAGGACCCGAUGGCGCAGCAGGACCUGCAGGACCCGACGGACAACCUGGUCAGCCUGGUGGAUCUGGAUCUGGCAGUGGUCAACCUGGACCACCUGGAGAACCUGGAGAUGCAGGACAGCCCGGUCAGCCUGGUGCUCCUGGACAACCUGGAGCUCCUGGUCAAAAUGGACAAAGAGGAACUGGAAAUCCAGGAAUAGCAGGACCACCAGGACCACCUGGUCCGCCUGGAUUACCUGGAGGAGAUGGACAGCCUGCUCAGCCAGGACAGCCAGGUCUGCCAGGACCACCAGGACCAAACGGUAACGACGGCCAGCCUGGUCCCGAUGGUAUUCCUGGCGCUCCAGGCCAAGACGGUGACAUUGGAGGAGAUGCUGACUACUGUCCAUGUCCUCCACGUAAUAGUAGUCCAGUAAAUAACCGUCAGGGUCAAGAUUCAUACGACGGUGGAAAUGAGCCCGUUAUUGGAGGACCUGGAGGCCCAGGCAUAGUACCACCUGGCAGCAAUGUCCCCGAUGGAUACGAGAUGGUGGAGGUGGAGGUGACCGAUGACAACGAUCACGACGCGUCCAUGGAUGUGAAAGGUGACGACGGCCCUGCUGGAUACAGUAGACGUCGUGUCAAAGCUAAACGCUUCAAGAAAAUCCGCAUCUCUAAGGCAGCCUAA